AUGGCCGGCAAGCCUGUCCAGCUCUCGUCUUGUCUAAGCGCCAUGCUCAAUCGCAAAGUCCUCAUCAUCGGAGCAGGGUCCACUGGUCUGGCACUGGCCCAAGGGCUGAAAAAGAAAGGAAUCCCCUUCACCGUCUACGAGAAAGACGCCAGGCCGCAUGCCCGCGAGCGCAACUGGACCUUCGGCCUGCACUGGGGCGCCGAGCCCCUGCGCAAGCUCGUGCCCGCCCACGUCUUCAGCCAGAUCGAAGCAGCGCAGGUCGACCCGCACGUCGCCACCAAAGACACAGACCGGCUGCCCUUCAAGAACGGCGCGACAGGCGAGCUCAUCAUGCACAUCGAGUCGGCCAAGUUCUACCGCCUGCGCCGCGACAAGUUCCGCGCCAUGCUCCUAACCGACCUCGCCCCCGACCACGAGAUCCAAAGGGGCAAAGAGCUCGCCGACCUCACCUACUCCCUGGACGGCAAAACCAUCACCGCGCACUUCGCCGACAACACCUCUGCCACGGGCGCCAUCCUCAUCGCCACAGACGGGCCACACUCCCGCACCCGCACGCUCCUCGUCGGCGAAGCGCGCGCCAAACCAACGCCCAUCGACUUCGCAUCGACCAUGUGCUUCAGCACGCACACGGGCGAGCACGCGCUGUUCCUGCGCGCGCCGCCGCACCACCCACUGUACAGUACCAGGUCGGGCCGCACCCAGACGGAGAGCUGGGUGUUCUUCCACUACAUCUCGUUCCCCGAGGCGCGGGACAGUAUCAACACCCGCAGCAACGCCGAGCACGUGCGCCACCAGAAGCAGCUGGCACGGCGGUUCGCGGACCCCUGGCGCAGCGUGUUCGAGUGGAUGCCCGCGGACGCGCCCGUGUGGUACGCCAAGCUGCGCAACUGGGACCCCAGCCUGCCUGAGCACCGCUGGGACAAUAGGUUGGGCCGUGUGACGCUGGCCGGCGACGCCGCGCACCCGAUGACCUUCCAGCGCGGGCGGCACGGAAUCAAGCACUCUAAGCUUUUCGUGGGUUCAGAAAUGGUCCACGAUUUCUGGGCAUCAUACCGUGAACCUACUUAG